AUGGUCGCUCCGCCUUCCACAGGUGGUGUCGCACCUGCGACUGCUACCGCGAAACCAUCAUCUGCCACUCGGAUGAAUGGUGUCGGUCCUAACAUCGCAACACCGGCUUUCCCGUACAGCGCUCGACAUGCUCAACCACUUGACAUGCGCACUGUAGAGCGCAAAGGUGAUCCAGCAAGCCGCGAUCCUCCUGCAAGGUCAAGACAAUAUGGACUCCUCGAAGCUCCCACAUAUAGACCGACCGAAGCCGAGUUUCGUGACCCUAUGGAAUAUAUUCGAAGCAUAGCCCCAAAUGCAAGCAAGUUCGGCAUUUGCAAGAUCAUUCCCCCGGAUUCUUGGAACCCAGAUUUUGCUGUUGACACCGAGCGCUUCCAUUUUCGUACUCGACGCCAGGAAAUCAAUCUUGUAGAAGGAGGAAAUAGGACAAACCUCAACUAUCUGGACCAGCUUGCAAAAUACCAUAAACAGUAUGGACAACAUCUCAACCGGUUUCCCAGUGUCGAUAAGCGUCCCCUCGACCUAUUCAAGCUGAAGAAAGCAGUCGAGGUUCGAGGUGGAUUUGAAAGAGUAUGCAAAGACAAGAAAUGGGCCGAAAUUGGACGAGACUUGGGCUACAGUGGAAAAAUAAUGUCAUCUCUAUCGACUUCCCUGAAGAAUUCGUACCAGAGAUGGCUACAUCCCUACGAAGAGUACCUGAAAUGGGCUAAACCUGGCGUUCAGCAACAACUCGAAAACGAACAAGGAGGCUCGUACUCUCCAGCCGUGCUCGCUCACCAGUCGCCGGUAUCACAUCCGCCUCCAUCUCAAUCAGCUCCCCCUGCAAUGAACAUGAGAGAGCCCAGCCAACCUCGCCACAGCUCUGCAAACGGGCCCAUGCAUCCGGUCCCUACACCCAUCCAGCAACAACAGCCCUCAAUAGUACCUGCAGCUCCAGCGCCUCAGCCUCGACCAGUGUCAUCUUCCGGAUUUACAGCUGUCAAUAGUGGGUUCCCAGCAGUAAAUGCGCCUUCGGGAUUCACCGCUGUCAACACUUUACCACCCCCCAUUGUAAAGAGCGAAGUCAAUGGAACUCCACCACCUCCUCCAAACCACACUUCAUCUUUCAUGUCUGUCAAUGGGCCCACGAUUUCAGCUGUUCCGCUGGCAGCUCACCUGCAUAAUGGAGGAUCUAAUCCACUUAAGAGGACAAUGAGUCAUGAUAGUCUGACUGGAGAGUCUGGGUCAGAAGCGAUGCACGGCGACGAAGAUGGGCCAAACGGGAGAAGGAGCAAGAGACCGAAAAAGGAUGGGAUGCCUACAAUCCCAGGCAACCAUGUCCCCGCGAUGCGCCCUUCUACCCCUCAGGUCCGAAGCAAAUCUACUCCUCGAAGACACGGGGAAAGAUGCGAAAAGUGCGGGAAAUCAGACCACAAAGAAAGCAUUAUACUUUGCGAUAGUUGUGAUUUGGGUUACCAUAUGCAGUGCGCGGAGCCGCCAUUGACACAAGCUCCAAGCGAGUGGCACUGUCCCAAAUGUCUAGUUGGCACCAACGACUAUGGCUUCGAGGAAGGAAGUAUCUACUCCCUGAAGCAGUUCCAAGAGAAGGCCAAUAAUUUCAAGGAAAACUACUUUGCUGCGAGGAUGCCAUUUGAUCCUGUCACCAACACCCAGCGAAGACCGACAGAGGAUGACGUGGAGCGGGAAUUUUGGAGACUUGUCGAAGACCUCACCGAGCAGGUAGAGGUCGAGUAUGGUGCUGACAUACAUUCCACCACUCACGGCAGCGGCUUUCCCACCAUCGAAAAGCAACCUCUGAACCCGUAUUCCAAGGACCCGUGGAAUCUCAACGUCAUGCCCUUUCUCGAAGAUUCUCUGUUCAGGCACAUCAAGGGGGAUAUUUCUGGUAUGACCGUGCCCUGGCUUUAUGUGGGGAUGUGCUUCUCAACCUUCUGUUGGCAUAACGAGGAUCACUAUGCAUAUUCUGCAAACUACCAACACUUUGGGGCUACUAAGACUUGGUAUGGUAUCCCCGGCAGCCACGCAGGCCGCUUCGAGGACGCGAUGAGAAAAGCUGUCCCCGAGCUGUUCGAAACUCAGCCAGAUCUACUCUUCCAGCUUGUGACAAUACUCCCGCCAAAUCAACUAAGAAAAGCGGGUGUGGAUGUCUAUGCUUGUGACCAGCGUGCAGGACAGUUCGUUAUCACCUUUCCACAAGCCUACCACGCAGGUUUUAACCACGGCUUCAACUUCAACGAAGCGGUCAAUUUUGCACCAGCCGAUUGGGAGCCUUUUGGCGAAUCUGGUGUCCGGCGGUUGCAAGAGUUCCGCCGCCAACCGUGCUUCUCGCAUGAUGAGUUACUGUUUACAGCUGCACUGUCAGAUACUACAAUCAAGACUGCCAAAUGGCUAGGGCCAGCUCUGGAGCGGACUCGAGACCGAGAACUUCAUGAACGCGCGUAUUUCAUCAACAUACACAAGACACGGCUCCCACACGACGAAUGCGCGUUCGACUCCCUUGCCACGGAGCCUCCCAAAGCUUGCGGUCUAACCGUCAAAAUCGACAACUCCGAUCUUGAAGAAGAUGAGUAUCAAUGCUGUUACUGCAAAGCCUUUUCCUACCUUUCUCAAUUCCGCUGUCAUCGCAGUGGCAAAAUAUCGUGUCUUUUGCACCCAUUGAAGGCGGACUGCUGUGGGGACAGUGAUGAAGAGAGGCUGAAAGGCACGAAUCAUAGCCUAGUCCUCCGCUAUACGAAUCAGGAGCUGAGCAAUAUUGUGCAAAAGGUUGUGGAUAAAGCCCAUGUUCCAGAAUUGUGGGAAGCGAAAUUGGAUGCUUUACUUGCGGAAGAGGCCCGCCCUUCUCUCAAGGCACUACACACGCUUCUCAGUGAAGGCGAAAAAAUCCCCGCUCCUCUCAACGGCCUGGACGAUCUUGCCGAGUUCGUGAGACGAUGCGAUCAGUGGGUUGACGAAGCAAACCUUUAUCUUACCCGCAAGCAGCAAAACAGACGCAAGAAUGAGAAAGCAUGGAGGCGAUCCUCGCUUCGUACUGGAAAAGGUGACGAGAAAGACAACGAACCGCAACUGACCCUUGAUCGCAUGAAGGAGCUUAUUGACGAUGGUGAACAAUUGGGGUUCAGCACUCCUCAGCUUGAAAGCCUGCAGGAAAAGGUGACGCUAAUAGAUGAGUGGCGUGCAAACGCCAAGCGCAUCCUGUCAGGCAUGAAUCAAGCUGGUUUAGAAGAGUUGGAGGGUCUACUUGAAGAAGGUCGCGGAUUUUCAGCAGCCAUGCCAGAACUAACCAGCCUCGAAAAGAUUUAUGCUCGGACUCAAUGGCUCGAGGAAUCCCGACAGCUCCAGAAGGAUAUCACAAGUAAGACAUUGGACGAAUGCCGUAGCUUGCUUGAACGAAUUACAGAACUCGACAUUCUUCCGCAGGCUCCGGAGGCUGCCUUCGUAAACGAUAUGGUCAAGCAAGGCGAAUUCUGGGAACACAAGGCGAAAGAACUUAUGGCCGCCGAAGACGUCCAUUAUCCACAACUUGAAUCUCUUCAUUCGCAGGUACAUCUCCAGAUGUUCCCAGUCAACAAGGAAGUUUUGGACAAAAUGGACCAGAUUUUAGCGAAGAAUCGGGAGGCCAAACGACAGAUCAUCACCUUGGUUGAGCGUAGCCAUGAUCCGGAUCUCCGCAAGCGGCCACUUUACGCUCAUGUUCGGGACGUCGUCAAAGGCUUCGAGGAACUCAACGGAAAGCCGCAUGGUGCAGCAGACCUGGAGAAAGAAUUGAGACGACAUGAAGACUGGAUGAGAAGAGGUAAAAAGCUCUUCGGAAAAGCCAAUGCGCCACUUCACAUUCUCGAGCAGCAUAUGAAGUUCGUGGAGGAGAAGAAUAACUUCUGCUUCGAUCUCAACGAUACCUUCAGGCCACCCGUUGAACCGGCUUCGCGGGAGGCCACACCUGCAGAUGACCGAGGAAGGGGGCAGCUGGGUGAGGACGAAAAGCCAGUGUUCUGCAUUUGCCGGCAACCUGAGGCGGGCCUGAUGAUAGAAUGCGAGAUCUGUCACGACUGGUAUCACGCGAAGUGCUUGAAACUUGCUCGGGGUAAAGUCAAGGAAUGCGAGAUGUUCACCUGCCCGGUCUGUGACUGGCGGGUUAAGAUCCCUCGGGAUGCUGCUCGGCCAAAACUAGAAGACCUCCAGGGCUGGCAAGAUGAGAUCGCCGACCUACCGUUCCAACCAGAAGAAGAAGAGCUACUCAAGCGCAUCAUUGACAAAGCACAAGCUUUCCGGGACUUUUUGAGCCAAUAUACCAAUGGCAACGCUAUCUGCAGAACUAUCGAAGAAAUGCCGGAGAUGCUGUUCUACCUACGCAAGAUCGAGGGUGCCGAGGUUCUCCUUGCAUAUGAGACGAACCUUUUUCGUCAAGAGUUGCAUAAGUGGCAACCUAUCGCACCUGAGCCCCCCCCGAUUUUGGCUCAAAGCUUAUCAACCAGGAAGCCACGGCCAACCAAGCAGCAAAAGUUGAUGAAAGAACUAGGGGUGGAGAAGCCUGAGGAUCUUCCACCGCAUCUUAGAACAAAAACCUACGUGCGCAGAAAGACACAAGAAUCCUUUAUGACUGGCCCUCUUCUGCCUAAGCCUUCUACACAGUCUCCGUCCGCUCCUGGUUCAGCGGCCAGUCCUGGCCACAGUCAAUCGGCAGGCAAUGCGGAGACCCCUGGAACCGGACAACGACAAGGGUCGGCAGGUGCUUCUGGAGCCGGUGGAACAAUCGAACCUGGCUUCAUCGCUGGACCUGCAUCAUAUAAUAACUUUGGAGGUGAUCGGCCAGAGUCAUUCCCGCCUAAUAGCCCUUCGCCCAUGUUUAGCCCGACUGGAGAGCGACCUCCACAAGGCAUGAAGGAUCCUAUGAUGCCAACGUUCGCGGGAGGUGCCUCAUCCCGUGAUGCCCGGAAUCACGAUCCCUCAUUUCCAAUGUUUCAACCAAAUACCGGGCUUGAUGCUGAUGAUGAUCUCCGGAAUGGGCUUGCCAAUGCGUCACCCCGUGGAACGCAGUCUGGGCGGGAUGGUUCACCUGGCGAGUACGACACUAUGUUUAUGGAUAUCACCAACCAAGAAGGCGACGGCAGCAAUGACGCGGUUCCAAGUCUAGAGCACGAGACCAGCCAUGCCAGUGAGGCACUUGAUAUGAUCCGCACUGCUAGCAACGAUUCGGGCAACAACAAUGCCGAGCUAGAGGAUGGCGAUAAUGUAUCGAAACAUUUUGACGACUUCCUCACUAGUGGGGAGCAGAACUAG